CAAGAGUGGCCGAGGCCGCGUGGAUCGCACGAUUCCUGGCGCCGUGGCGCCACGCUGGCCACCCACACCAUCCUUUCCCCUCCUCCUCCGGGUGCCGGGUUUGACUCCGGCGGCUCGCGGAGUUGCUCGGCUGCCUUCUCCCUCUCGAGCCUGAGCUGCAACAUACGAGCAGCGAGAGAAAUGGCGAGCGCGGCAUCCUCGAGGUGCUCCGGCGUUCUCCUCCCCCCGAACCUCGCCGGAGCCCGCUGCUGCCCGCGUCCGUCCUCCUCCCUCCGCUUCCGUUCGCGGUCGGCCCGGCGCCGCCCGGGGACCCUCGCCUGCGUCGCGCCGCCGGACUCCGCGGAGCAGCAGACGGAUGAGCAGACUGUGAAAGCGGAGUCGACUGUGGGAGAGGCUCAGACAACCAGCACGUCCCAGGAUGCUGGACUUCCAGCUCUCCCAAAUAAGGAUCUCAACAGAAGGGUAGCAUUACUGUCCACUCUUGGGGCAGUAGCUCUCUUUGGGUCGCAGAGGCUCAAUCUUACUGAGGCGUCUCUUAAAGAUCUUGCAGCCAAUUCAGUUCCAUAUGAGGAGGCUCUUUCAAAUGGCAAACCCACUGUUGUUGAGUUUUAUGCGGACUGGUGUGAAGUUUGCCGAGAGUUAGCUCCAGAUAUCUACCAAGUUGAGCAACAAUACAAGGACCGUGUCAACUUUGUCAUGUUCAAUGUCGACAAUACAAAGUGGGAACAAGAGCUUGAUGAGUUUGGGGUAGAAGGCAUCCCCCAUUUUGCCUUUCUGGAUAAGGAAGGAAAUGAGGAAGGCAAUGUUGUUGGGAGACUCCCAAAACAGUAUUUUCUUGACAACGUGGUGGCACUUGCUUCUGGUGAUUCCAACAUACCUCAUGCACGAGUUGUGGGUCAGUUCUCAAGUGCUGAAUCUAGGAAAGUUCAUCAAGUUGCCGAUCCCAGAAGUCACGGCUAGUAGUUGCUGGCUCUGUGGGUGCUGGGUAGCAGUAUAAUGGCAAGACCAUUUGACAAGAGGCGACCCUAGGCUAUACUAUUAAGUAUUAACACAACCAGUCUUGGUAUCAAGGCAUCAAGCUUGCGGGCGCUGGCAAGAGCUGGUGGGUUUCAUAAUAAACGCCAGAAGAAAAUGAUGGCUGCUGCAGCAAUCGUCAAUGGGGUCAUGAAGAUUUCCGGAUAUGAUUUGUUGAUUUGCAUGUGUGGAUUCUGGGGACCCAUCUUCAGCGUUGAUUUGUCAGUGAUGAAUGACACGGAAACGAUUGCACCUUGUACCCCACAUGCUUAUAUGUACUGAGAUAAAUAGUACAGCCGCGGCUAUGCAUUACAUUACAGUAGGGUAACUGCAAGAAUCUUGAAAACAGCUCACACUCUCACUCGCUGCUCGUGCAACACA